UUAGUUGUGGGGAAGAUUGUUUAGUUUGGAGUCAUUUUUAGUUUUUUAUUCAUCAGUACAGUAAGCUAGAAAUUGAAGUAAUUCAAGAAUAUUUUGUUGUUAAGUAUAAGAUUUCAGCCCUUGGCUUGUGCAGAUGAGGAACUAUUGGAGGGAAGGAAGACAAAAAGGGUCAGAGAAUGAUGUGGAUGAUAAACUUAAGGAGGUUAUAGUUAUUGAUGAUUCCUUGACAUAACAUGUGGAUAGGAUAGUCUGUGGGGUAAAUAGUGAGAAAAGAAGCAGAUUGUGCUACCCAGGGCAGGGGUACAGGUGGAAGAUAUAACUGACAGAGCAAGAUAUAUAAUAAAGGAGGCUAGCAUUGAUGUAGGGAAAGGUUCAGCUAGGGAUGUCCUUGAAGCUAAAGUUAUAGUUUUCAACAACUUUUCCUGUAAUUCAGUUUUGUGAGUUCUGUCUCCCCAGUCCGUUGUGGAAAUCCUAAUGCGAUUGUGCCCUGAAGAAUUUAAUAACUCCAAAACCAUGACCAGCAAAAAUUCUUCUAUGUUCUAUACUGUCGAAGUGGGCGAUGCCAAGUUUACGAUUCUUAAACGUUACCAGAACCUUAGGCCUAUCGGAUCUGGAGCUCAAGGAAUUGUCUGUUCUGCUCUUGACAAAAUAACAGAAAAGCAAGUAGCUAUAAAAAAACUCAGCAGACCUUUCCAGAAUGUUACUCAUGCCAAAAGGGCUUAUAGGGAGUUUAAAUUGAUGAAACUUGUGAAUCACAAAAAUAUUAUAGGUCUUUUGAAUGCAUUUACCCCUCAAAAAACCUUAGAAGAAUUUCAAGAUGUAUAUCUUGUAAUGGAAUUGAUGGAUGCAAAUUUGUGCCAAGUAAUUCAAAUGGACUUGGACCAUGAGCGAAUGUCCUAUCUUCUUUACCAGAUGCUGUGUGGUAUUAAACAUCUCCACUCUGCAGGCAUUAUCCAUAGGGAUCUAAAACCCAGUAAUAUAGUAGUGAAGUCAGACUGUACCCUGAAGAUUCUAGAUUUUGGUUUAGCUAGAACAGCUGGAACAACCUUUAUGAUGACCCCUUAUGUUGUGACACGUUAUUACAGAGCUCCAGAAGUCAUCCUAGGAAUGGGUUAUAAAGAUAAUGUUGACAUCUGGUCAGUUGGUUGUAUCAUGGGAGAAAUGAUUCGAGGAGGUGUACUCUUUCCAGGGACUGAUCAUAUUGACCAGUGGAAUAAAAUCAUUGAACAGUUUGGAACUCCUUCCCCUGAUUUUAUGAGGCGACUACAACCCACUGUUCGAAACUAUGUGGAGAAUAGGCCUAAAUAUACAGGUUACUCUUUUGAAAAGAUGUUCCCAGAUCUCCUUUUUCCUGCUGACAGUUCAGAACAUAGUAGACUAAAAGCUAGUCAAGCUCGAGAUCUGCUAUCCAAGAUGUUAAUAAUAGAUCCUGAGAAAAGAAUAUCAGUGGAUCAGGCACUUUCACAUCCAUACAUUAAUGUAUGGUAUGAGGAAAGUGAGGUCCAUGCUCCUGCCCCAGCACCAUAUGACCAUUCAGUGGAUGAGAGGGAACAUACAGUUGAACAGUGGAAAGCACUUAUAUAUGAAGAAGUGCUGGAAUAUGAAAAGACACACAACACACUAGGACUGUCAAUAAACCCACAUCAUAAAUCUCAAGUGGAUGUUGCAAUAGAAGAUGGUGUGGAUGGAAUACCAGAGCAGUCGGGUAAUAGUACUGCAAACCCAUACAGACACAGAAGAUAGAGAAGAGGUCUGUAAAAGCUUGCUUCCACCUAGAUAUAAAUCUUUUUUUCACUUGCGACAUGGGCUGUCAGAAUUCUUCAGGGAUAAGCUGACAUUUUUGCCAGACAUUUCAUCCCAAAUUUUUCCAGUUCAAUAGGGAGGUCUGUGUAAAAACUGGUCCACUCAAUUUAAUGUGUAUUAUAAUGAAUUUAUUAAGAAGCCAUUGCCAUCUCUUUUCUUCCAAAUCAAAAAUUCAUAUAUCCUAACAGGUCGUGCUCAUCAUUGCUUUACUAUAAUGAACUUCAGGUUACAAGAUAUCCAUAAUCAUUUUGUACUAGGUUGUUUAAUGCUCUUUGUAUUUUGUUUAGGUUUCACCUGUUUCUGCAUGAAUAUUUCAAAGUCACUGGUCUUAAUUAACAUAAUGGGUUUUCAUUUUUGUGUAAUUAUGAAAUUUAUUGAAAGUAGAGCUAAUGAUGUAUGCAUACCAAGUUUGCUGAAAACUAGCAAGUCCACAAAAUGCAAAUGUACCCCAGGGAUCCCUGAAAUCUUUUUUUUUAGCAUGAAAAAAAUAUUGUGAUAAUUUUGUUUGCAUUUUAUUUUUAGCUAUAAGGAUAGUGUUCAAUAUGAAUGAAUGGAGUGUCAGGUUAGAAAAUUACAGAUUCAGUGUCAGCUUUUUACAAAACCAGGUUAGGUUGUUUAUAUAUGCAGCUAACCUUCCCUUGUACACUGAGUUCAAGAGUAAAACAAUUGCUCAUAUUUAUUUGCUGUUAGAAUAAAUGGUUGUGGCACAAUAGAAAAUUUUUGUUUUUUUUUACUUGUAAAAAAAAUGUGAAUAUGUGAUAUUGAUUUUGUAUGCAUGAAUAUCAAAUUUAAAAAAGUUGUGUUACAGUAUUCAUAAAACCUGAUUGUAUAAUAAUAAAACAUGUUUUUUGUUUAUUUCAUGGAGAGCAAUAGUUUUUCAUGAAUCGGGGUAUUUCAAACUUUUCAUUUUAUUUUCAGCUACUUAAGUUAAACGUUUAUGUUAGCUUACAAGUGGCAAAGAUGAAUUGUACAAACCAUGAUGUCGACAGAUCAAGUACAGGUGUCAGUGAAAACUGUUGUAUUUUCAUACUUAAGUUUCAAAGGAUGGCUUUCUCUCAUCUACUGAAAGAACUUUUUUCUUACUUUAAAUAUAAGAUCUCAGUAGACAUAAAAUGUUCAAAAGUAGAAAAAAAACUUGCUUCUCUUGCCUAUAUUUGGUAUAUUAACAAUGAAAUUGGUAUAAACCUAGUUUAAAGAAAUAUAUCCUCAGAGCUUCAUGUAUCCAGUUAUUUGUCAUGUUAAUUUAUACACAAACUUUUUUUUUAAUUAUUAUCUAGCUAGGGAAAGACGUGUAUAUUAACAAUCCUAGCUGUCAUGUAGUUACUUUAUGAUAUUGAUUGUGACUUUUUAACAUGAAAAAAGUCAGGGUUUGUUUAUUAUUUAGAGUUUCCAAAAAAAUAGAUAAAUCUAAUUCUUUAAGAAGAAAGUUUGAAGAGUUUAAUAUAUAUAGUGUAAAAUUAUUUUGGUUUAUUUUAUGAUAUUUAUAUUGAUUUUUAAAGAAGAAAAGUUUUUUGUUGCUAUCUAACACAUUUUAACAUUUGAUAAAAGAUAUAUUACUGUCUCUGUAUUAUUUUACAGACAUUUAGAUAAAUAUAAAAUGGGAGGGAAGUAGCUUUCCAGUGUUAUUGUUUUUUUUAAAUAAAAAUAGUAUAUUAGUUUUGUAUGACUUCUAUAAAACAAAAGAAUUUGCUGGCCAUUUGAUAAUUAUAUAAUUAUUCUUUAAACAUGCUUCAUUAUACUUGUUAGCAUUACAAAUUUGGUGAUAAUAGCAGAUAAGUUGUUUUUAAUCAUUUCAAAGCUAAAAGAUAAAAUACUAAAGUUCUUUAUCAGACAUUAAAUAAAUGGUCAAAUUGAUUAUAUAACAAUUUGUGGUUUUCUUUGCUAGGUCAGUUUUGAAAAGGGAAAAGAAUUUCUCUUGGUGCUUAAAAUAGGAAUAUUUAACAUUACUUUAGGCUAAAAUGGUAACAUUUGAUUCUAUUCUAGUCUAACACGUGGAUAUGCUGCUGCUGUCAUAGGCUAAAACAGGAAUAUUUGAUGUUAUUUUAGGCUAAUGCAUAGGUAUCUCCAAUGCUGCUUUAAGCUAAGACAUGGGUAAAUUUGUCAAUGAUUUGUACUAAAAAAAUGGAUAAAUAUGUUACUGCUUUAGAUUAAAAAACGUUAAGUCUGAUGAUUCUUUAAGUUAAAGAUAUUUAUCUUUAUUUUGGGGUUAAUUUAAAAAAACUCAAUGCAUGUGCUAGGUCAUAUAUAGGUAUCUCAGAAAUCUAAUGGAACAUUUCAGGUUUUCUACAAGUGGGGCAGUUUUACUUGUACCAUAUCAGUAGAAUUAUGUUUAGAAGGUGGGGAUGCAUGGACAGAAUUAUUGUUCUUGUAUCUUUUGCAACCCACAAGAGUAAAUUUUUUGAUUUUUAAAGUUUGAUUGUGUGUUUUAUUAAAAAUUUUGUAAAAAAUUAGAAUUAACAACUAUGUUAUUACAAAAAAACUAUUCGUUUUAUUAUGUAUUCAGAACUUGACUGCAGAGGUUGAAAUAUUAUGAAUUUUUAGCUUACUUUCUGUUUACAGAGUUGAAAACCAAAAUCAAGAUUUCUGCUUAUUUGACGUUGCAGUAUUACAAUGUUCAAAGGUUUUAUUUUUUGUAAUCUGAUGAUUCAUCCUUCCGACUUGAUUAAGAACUUCUCAGAGCAAUGAGUUAUAAACAAAAAACCUAAGACACCAUUUAUGUUUUAAUCAUUAAUAAGUAAAUUAGCAUGUUCUUCAGCUUAAGUUCUCAUCUUCAUAAAAUUGUCUAGGAGUGUGUUAGUUCUAUCUAGUUUUAAAACAAAUUAUUUUGAACAUUAGUGGUAGAUUUUAAAAAAGUCUUAACACUUAGAAGUAAUGAAAUAUUUCUUUGGCAGUAUAAACAUCUAAUGGGAAUUAUUUUUUUCCCACAAAUACUGUAAAUAACUUCUCAAAAACUUUGUCCUUCUAGAAAAAUCUCACUUGUAUUAAUCACAAAGGGAAAAGUUGGUUCAGAUGAAUCAGCAGUGACAGUAAAAUAACUUUGUUUCACACUUUAUAGGCUGUGAUAAUUAAUAAAUUAUUAAACAUUAGUAUCUGAUUCCAGUACUUUUUCCAAAUUAUAUUAGAAAAUCUGACUUAUAUAAAGUGUAUAACUAAGAAAUAAGACCAAUGUUAAAACUUUUAAAUAAAUAAUAUACUUUUACAUUCAUUAUAAGCUAUACUAGUGACAGGUCAUUGAAGUCCAGAAUUUUCAUUAAAGAGUGCAGAUUUUAUCAUGCAGAUUAAACUUCAUUUAAUGCUUGGAGUUGUUUUAUAAUUGCUCAGUAUCUCUAGUAUCAGGAUAUUUUUUUAACCAACAAUGAUUUUAUUUUUCUAAUUAUUUUUGCACGUAUCAUAGUUUUGCUGAAACUGUUCUACCUUUAAAAAAUGUUUAAUCUUCAUGGCUCUGAAUGUCUCAUUGUAAACUAAACUCAAUAAAAAAAUAUCAGUUAUAGUUGUAAAUCUCUGUGGAUAUAAAGGAUUUUGGACUUUAUUUGAAUUAAAGGUCUGUUUAUUACCAUUAUAACAAAGAGUUUAAGGGAUACUUCCUACUUUAGUAUUACCUUUAAUAUUCAGUUUUUGUGACAACUUUAUAAGAUUUACAUAUGAUCACUAAUUAGAUAUCUAUGAAUUUUACUAAAAGUUAUUAUUUUGUCUCCUUACUAGUCUUUAAGAGGUUAAGAUAAAGUAUUUAAAGGAGAUGCUUUCUCCAUUUAUUAGAUUUUCUUUUACAUUCCCAGCAUUUAAGUGUAAAUAACUAUAUAUAUAUAAAGAUAUCUAGCUAUAUUUAAGCUUGCAUUACUUUUAUCUAGGGCCUUGUGUAAUAAUUGUUAUGGUUUUUAAUUGAAUUACUUUUUUAGUGGAUAUAUCACAUUUGUGGUUGUUUUUACUAUCAUUGUAUUGGCUUGAUUUCUUGAUAAUAGUUUCAGAAAUCUGUAGUAAUGCUUAGAAAAUUAUAUUAAUCAUGUAGAUAGAAUUUUGACCUUCAAAUUCAUUUAUAAUCACAUGAUUUUGUGUUUAAUUUGUAAAUCAUGUAGAAUGUUUGUUGUCAAAUAAUUUUAAAUUUUAUUUAUUGCUAAGGACAUAAGUUUUCUUAUCUGCCUUUUCAAUUAAUCAUUUAAUUUUCAAAAUACUUGAUUUGUCGAUUUUUAAUUUUAAUUAGUAUCUUGUAAUAGGUCAGUUGCAUUAGAGACAACAUUUUGUAUAAAUGUAAAAGUAAAAUUGACAAAAAAAAAAAUUGUGAAGAAUAAAAAGUAUUAAUAGUGUUUCUGCAGCUAUAUUUGUAGAACAGAACUAUGGUACAUUUUCUUAGUCCUGUGCAGUAUUACUUCUAGUGUAGAGAAAGGAUGUAGCUAAAUAAGUUCAGUAUAAUGUGCUUGUAAAGUAAAACUACAUGAACACAAGUAUAGUUUCUAUUUAUUCCUUCCAUAACAGAUCAGCUGUUAUUUCCAAACCUGCCAUGGGCUAAAAUUAUAAUAAUGUGACAAAUAUAGAUAUUCUUUUGUGUGUAUAUGUACAAAUUAGAACCUGUUGGUAAUUAAAAACUUUAAUGAUAAAGAAAACCGAUACAGCUAAUUUUGGGUAUUUUGUUAGUUUUUUCCUUUUCCUAGCCAUCUUCCUCUACCUUAUACUUCUGUGUAGCAAGUGGCAGAAUGGUUGGAGUGAUGUAAAGGACCAUUUGGUUCUGCUGUAAUUACAGCACUACAUUUUGUCAUUAAAGUAGAAAAUAUGUAAAA